UUCGUCAGACCCCAUGGGUCAUGAGGUGGUGUGGGCUCUAGGAGCAGGCUGCAGAAACAUGACAUCCCUGCAGGUGGCGCCACUGCACCCCUGUCAGCAGCCUGCCCGCUUCAGUAACCGAUGCCUGCAGACGAUUGGCCGCUGUUGGCCACACCUCCGCGUGCUCAGUGUGGGCGGGGCUGGCUGUAACAUUCAGGGAUUGUCCUUACUGGUUCGUAGGUGCGUGGGUCUCCAGGUAUUGGAGUUGGAGCGUGUUGCCGAGUUGGGCCAGGAGGGGGCAGCAGAGCUGUGUAGAGAAGGACUACAGAAUCUGGAGACUCUCCUACUCACCUCUACUCCGGUUACACCUGAAGCACUGCUGCACUUUAACAAUGUAUGCCGUAAUCUCAGGUCCAUCAUAGUGCAGAUUGGGAUCACGGACCACUUCGAGGAGACAGACAGUCCUGAAGCUAAGAGACAGUACAAUGAGAUGGUCAACAAGUUACAGGCCCUUAAGAAGAGACCAGGUCUGUCUGAAGUGUUGCAGAUCAAAGCUGACGUUUCCGUUUGACCUCUUCCUCCUCUUCCUCGUCUUCUUCCUCCUCCCCUUACAUCUCACUGACCUGUCAGUCACACAGCCAAUCAGCGAGUCCGGAAGCGAACCUCAACAACCGGUCAGUCUUGUGACACAUUUGCCAACCAAUCCGAAGAUACAGCAUCCUGGAGAGAAGAAGCAAUCAGCCAAUAGGAAUCACACAGACAUGAAGAUGACAAAUCAGACGUCAGUUGUGAAGCUGCUGAGUCCAGAGAUUUUUCCGGCAUAACAGCAUCGUGCUAUAUUACUGUGAUGUAACAGAGACUUUACCCAUACAACACACACACACACACACACACACACACACACACACACACACACACACACACACACACACACACACACAGACAGACAGACAGACAGACAGACAGACAGACAGACAGACAGACAGACAGACAGACAGACAGACAGACAAGUGCGUUCCUCAGUGAGUUAGGGGGGUUAGCAGUCUUAGGGGGUUAGCA